UUCUAACAAUAUGCAGUCUCUGUAACCAAAGACAGGUUACCUGGAUCACCAUGAAUACUUCUAAAAUAUACAGCAUGCAUACCACAAAAUCAGAAAAUAAAGAUGAGGAUAUAAAUUUUCAACCAACUACAUCUAGUCAGGUCUAUGGUGCACGUAAAGGAACUAAGGAAACAGUCCUGUACACAGAGGAAACAAUACCACAGAGGAAAAAGAGAUGUUUUUCUUGUCCUCCACAAGGAAUAGUCAAUAAUAUUAUGACAAGUGGAGUUAUAUACUUUAUGACUUGGUGCCUACUCUGGCUACUCUCAGGCCCUGAAGUUCUCCCUGGUGGAAAUUUAUUUGGACUAGUAAUUAUUUUUUAUAGUGCCUGUCUUGGAGGGACACUUUUGGAACUCAUUAGAAUACCUGCAGUGCCCCCACUUCCACCUCUUCUCGGAAUGUUACUGGCUGGUUUUAUCAUCAGGAAUAUUCCAUCCAUCAGUAAACAUGUCAGAGUCCCUAGAAAGUGGUCCUCAACUCUAAGAAGCACUGCCCUUACCAUCAUCCUAAUACGAGCAGGGCUUGGACUCGAUCCAGAAGCUCUGCGGCAGAUGAAGGGCAUCUGCUUCCGGCUGUCCUUUGGUCCAUGCAUCAUGGAGGCGUGCACCGCUGCUGUGGUUUCCCACUUCGUCAUGGAUUUCCCUUGGCAGUGGGGGUUUCUAUUAGGUUUUGUGCUAGGUGCCGUGUCUCCUGCGGUCGUGGUCCCAUCCAUGCUGUGCUUGCAGGAGGCAGGGUAUGGCAUAGAGAAGGGCAUCCCCACGCUGCUGAUCGCAGCCAGCAGUAUGGACGACGUCAUGGCUAUCAUGGGAUUCAACACAUUCUUGAACCUCAUCUUCUCCAAAGGUAGCAUACUUAAUAAUGUCCUAUCAACUUUAUGGGACGUAUUUGUUGGUGUGCUAGUAGGAGCUGUUUUCGGAUUUUUUGUUCAGUAUUUUCCAAGUGAAGAUCAGGAAAAAGUUCCAAUGAAGAGAGCAUUCCUUAUUUUGAGUAUGUCUAUUUCUGCUGUAUUAGGCAGCCAGCAUAUUGGUUUACACGGAGCUGGAGGAUUAUUCACGGUAGUGUUGUCUUUCACUGCAGGGUUAAAAUGGGCCAAAGAGAAGACUAGAGUCCAAAAACUUAUUUUAAAUACAUGGAAUAUUUUUGAACCUCUUCUUUUCGGUUUAGUUGGAUCAGAAGUAUCUGUUUCAUCUCUUAAAACAAAUGCUAUUGGCACUUGUAUCACUACCCUGUGUUUGGCAGUAUGUGUCCGAAUUUUAAGCACAUUUGCAAUGAUGUGUUUCGCUGGUUUUAAUUUUAAGGAGAAAAUUUUCAUCGCCUUAUCAUGGAUGCCCAAAGCUACAGUGCAGGCUGUCCUGGGUCCCUUGGCUCUGGAGACAGCACGGCUCACGGCCCCCCACUUGGAGUCAUACUCGAAGGACGUGAUGACAGUGGCGUUUUUAGCCAUCCUGUUCACAGCCCCAAAUGGAUCUCUGCUCAUCGGCAUCCUGGGGCCCAGGAUGCUCUCACACCACUCCCAACCCCAAGCGCCAUAAAGCUGCACCUGCCGGGACGCAGGGGCCACUGAUGUCAUCGCUGCCUCGCACCUGCUCGUCUCAGUGAAUUCUCUCAGGCAGGACACGGUGAAAGUACAAGUACAUGUGGGGUGUACACAGGGCCCAGAGGGCACUGCCUACCUAACUUCUCCUCGGGGCUUUCCUUGGAUCUGUUGCUUCCAACUACAUUCGGUAAUACAGCAUUCCAUGGAAGGCUCAGUGUCUCUGUAUUUCAAGCCCAAAGCCAAUCUGUAAAUACACUGGGAAAGUUUGCUCACUAAGGCUGAAUCCGUUAUCAUAAUACAAACAAAGCAGAAUGAAAACCAAACGAGCCACCUGCACAGAAGUGCACUGGCAUGUUGGACCUGGUGAGAAGCCUGCAUCUCCAGACAGAAGGAGAACUCCCACCCCAUUAGUUCACUUCAAAAACUGAUCUGAAAAAGAAAAACGAUGACAGGAAUAAAACACAUCAACUUUAAGUGGGUCAGCUAAAUAGAUUUCAAGUUCUGUUUUUAGUGACGACCUGAAUAAAUGAUGUUAAGGAAAAGAACCAGAGGUAGCCUUACACUACUAAUGUGGUACACUUCAAAGGAAAUCUAGUUACAGUUUUUAGAUGAAAAAUUACCUGUAGUUUCUAUUUACAGAAAUAAAGU